ACCUUUUGAUCUUUCCAGAACGACGACUCCCAAGUUCCAACACAGAGAACACCCAACCGAGAACAUGGUCCGGCCUGCUGUCACCUGCGGCCUUGUGGCAUUCUUGCAGCUCUGCGGAUUUGCUCUCUUGUCGCCUCAUCCGCCUGCCCACCCCCUUUCUUUCUUGGUGUGCCAAGUCGUGAUGCCGGACGGAAGACCAAGAGAUAGGCUUGCGUCUCUUGGGUUCUUUUCCGCUUCUUGGCUUUCGUGGCCAGCACACCACAAUCCUAUUUUGCCCGAACCACUACACACCUCCUUCACUCGCUUGUCCGAACUGGCUCGUAUGCACAGCAGGCGAGUCGACUCGGUCGAGUAGUAAAGGGAAGUGGGCGAAUAUUGACUGACACUGACAGACACGCUACAGUUCUAUCGUGAGUCUCGCUGCUGUGCCUCAACAUAGCAGCGGUCCUAUAUCCCGCACUCGCCACAAGAUCGCAUUUU